AUGUGGAUACAAGUGGUGCAAUUGGUCACUCUAAUAUGGGUAGGCCUCGCGUCCACGGCCGGUUUCCAGAUGUUUCCAAACACACAAGAUCCAUAUAACAACAAUGAUGUAUACAGCCAAAGACAAACAUACCGCCAAACUAUGACACCGAGACUAGUACAACCUGCAAGCUUCAGUGCUAAUUUCAAUCAGAACAACAAAAGGUUCUCACAGAGAGCUGCCCAGAAGUCAACUAGUCAACGAACCACAAAACAAAAAGUGCCAAAUAAACCACGCAAUCCGAAAACAAUGAAAAAGACUACUGCGCGAAAGCCUAAAGUUCCCGCCCGACAAAGCCGUUAUGAAACCAUGAUGGCCAGACGUAGAAUAGCAGCCAUGCACUACAGGCUACGGGCACAAACAUGUGACCCACAAAUGUCGCUGUACUGCCGGUGUUCCAGAUUGGACUGUCUUGAGACCGAAAUACAAGCGUUCCCUUGCGGCUUCAUGUGGACUGGAAGGAGGUGUUGUAAACGAUGGUGGGCCAUGAAAUGUAUGAUGUCAGAGCUUAUGUCGGAGACAAGGCCAACUGGCGGUAGACAGAGUCAAGGUCAAAUGUCACUUCAACAGGCAAUGAUGACACCCAUGCUGAUGGAGGUUUUUGAAAUGUGA